AUGAAAGUUCCCCAUGUGAUUGCCGAGAUUGUCUCCGAGUUUUCGGGUUUCCAACACACGCCCGACUUCAAAGCGUCCCGAUCGACCGGCGAGUUCGAGGACGAGGUUCCCCCUUUGGGAAAUUCUUCCGUCCAGGAGCACCACGGACACUCGCUGUACUUUGGCAAACACUUGAGGAAACCGGCGGAGCUCUCCUCGGAUUCGGACACGCAUUCCAACCACUCUGGCGGAUCCAAGAAGCACGGCGGCUUCUCGGUGCAUUUCGGAAAUCUCUUCCACUUUGGGCACCACAAUGAGCAUCACAGCGCGAGCAAACCGGCUUCCGGAGCGUCGACGCCCGCCAGAAAGCUAUCGUCGGGGAGUCUGAGCGGUGCUGCCCAUCCGAAACAUUCCAUUCAUCUCACUGUCGGAGCGGUUAGUCCUUUUUUCGUUUUCUGAAAAGUUUGAAUACAAAGAUUUCUAUAGUUUCUCCAAGUUUGAUACAAAUCGGAAAAGUAAAAGUUGACUAUGUUGCUGAAUGGAUCGCAUAGAGAUCUUGACAAUUUCGACUAAUGACAAUAGUUGUGUUAUCAUGAUCUUUUGUUUAUAACUUUCACUACAAGUCUCACGUUUCUUUUUGCAGGACGAAGUUCCGACGAUCUGCGCGACGCCUCCGAACGAGCCGAACCACUCGCACUUUGUCAAGAACGCGGCGUCUCCGAACAUUUCGCGGGUGGCCAGUUACAGUUCGCUGAAAGAGAAAUUGUACAAGAUCAAGCGGACGACCAGUUCGGACAGUGAGACCGAUUUUCCGGACAAGAAGGUCUCGGUGUCUUCGUAUCGAGUCGUCGGAAUGUGA